UCUUCUGAUUGCCCAACCACGUGUAGCGAAGUGAUGGAUUCAUUUACAAAUGGACGGGGAUUCUGGAACGGUGAGGAACCUGGCAACGAUGAGGAUAAUCUUAUUACUGUCAAUUUGAUGGUGACAGGUCUUGAGGACAAUGCUUCAGACAGAGCCAUCAAGCAGGAAGCUUACGAUGUUGACGAAUAUGCUGACAUCAGUGAUGCCGAAGAGCCCCCCGAAUUUGGACCUUCCAGUUUGCCCUCGUUGCCUACCCGACAACUUCGGCCCAAUCAGGCACUUGCCUUCCCCCCUGAGCAAGGAAGAUUUGCAGAUGGUCACGAGGACCACAUUUUAGCGAGGAGUCUCGCCAUUCUAAUCAACCUAGAUGGACGGAAGUCAACGCAUGUUUCUUCCUCUCAGCUGAAUCAGCAAAACCGACGGCUCGGCCAGGCUGCAUUGUCCGCAACCUUCAGGUUCAAUAAAGGGAGCAUGCCAUACUUUUAUCCUGCAGCACACAAUCGUAUUGCGUCUCAUGAAAAUCAUUUCCCGGAACCUGAAAUUCCUGAGAUCGGCUCAAUCGUUCCGUCGUCUAAUUCAUCCGUCGAUAUCGGCGAAGACGUACUGACUCAACAGCUAUGA